AUGGGGACAGUGAAAAAUGGUUUGCCUCGUUCAAUGGAAACAACAUCACACUUAACUUUUCGACCUUUGAAAAGUGAUGUUGCUGAAGUAAGCAACAACAACAACAACUCUAAAAUAGAGGGGCUGGAUGACAAUGGAAACCAGAAUAAAGAGCCAGAUUUGAACUUAGGAGAUACAACAGACUACACAUCCGAGGAACUCAACAGUUUGUUUAAGAGAGGUCAAGAGUAUGAGAGAAGCCUGAGACCAGCAGCAGCAUUGCAAUGCUAUUUGGGAUGUAUGAAAGGCUCGAAUAAUGGAAAGUUGUUUGAUCAUCUACCCCAGUGUAUCCACAAAGUAGCUGAUAUAUACCGAAGGCAGCAACAAAAUGGCCAUUCUGUGCAGUUUGCUCAGACGGAACAAUUAUUUCAUGAAACUGCUCUGCGUGACAUUGAUGACAUACAGCAAAUGAUUGAUGAAAUAGCCAAAGAUGUUGGAUCUGGAGCUGUGGAUCUUAAUGAGCUUAACAUUAAUGCUCUGCAGGCAGAAGAUUAUGAAAAUUUGGCAAAAGAAUGCUGGCUUAAACACCAACAUCAGUUAGCACUGGAAUAUGCUGGUCGAUCUACCAAACUAAGGCAGCAAAUUUAUGGCAAAAACAGCCAGAAAGCAAAAUUAUCCAUGAGCCUCUUUUUAGCCAUCUAUAUCGAGCUGAGGAGCCAGAAUGACCCCGAUUCUUAUAUGCACAUUCAUGAACAAGGCAAUCACUGGGGCUCUGCUGGGGAUCUUCAAAGAUCUCCUGAUGUUGUUAUGUCCAAACCCAGUAAUGGAAUCCCAGUAUCCAUAUUACGACAGAGGUCAGAAGAUGGAACAAAAGAAGCUGAACGGGAAAAGAAACAAGUUCGUUUUCAUGAAUCGGUAGACAAAGACUUAAGACAGAAAGAGAGAGCAGAAGAGAAUGCAUCAGUGACAAGGAUGUUUAUUCAUCUGGCCAUUUUUGUUGUCAUCAUGGCCUCCAUGGGCUUGUGGUUUUACUGUUUGAUGGACAAGACUCAGACUUGCCAGGGCAUUGUCCUGCAGUUCCACAAGUGGCUCAGGGCAGUCAAGUCCUACUUUCGUCCAUUUUCCAGUACCUGA